GGGAAUUUAAAUCCCGCCUGGAGCCGCCUCUGCUAGUGGCAGCGUGCGCGCGGGCGGGAGCGGAGCGCAGCGCAGCGCAGACUUCUUUCUUAUCUAUCUCUCUCCAAAUCUAACAAGCAAGAUGUCCACUAACGAGAAUGCCAAUACAACAGCGGCUCGCUUGAACAGAUUCAAGAACAAAGGAAAGGAUACUACAGAAAUGAGAAGGCGGCGUAUUGAAGUCAAUGUAGAGCUGAGAAAAGCCAAGAAAGAUGACCAGAUGCUUAAAAGAAGAAAUGUUAGCACAUUACCAGAUGAUGCUACUUCUCCCCUUCAGGAAAACAGGAGCAAUCAGGUUUCGGCACACUGGUCAGUUGAAGAAAUAGUCAGAGGAGUUAAUAGUAAUAACAUGGAGCUUCAGCUGCAGGCUACUCAAGCUGCCAGGAAACUCCUCUCAAGAGAGAAGCAGCCCCCCAUAGACAGCAUAAUUCGGGCUGGUUUGAUUCCAAAGUUUGUUUCCUUCUUGGGCAGAGCAGACUGUAGUCCUAUUCAGUUUGAAUCUGCCUGGGCGCUUACCAACAUUGCUUCUGGCACAUCAGAACAAACAAAGGCAGUAGUAGAUGGAGGGGCUAUUCCAGCCUUUAUUUCCCUACUGGCCUCUCCUCACACUCACAUCAGCGAACAGGCUGUGUGGGCCUUAGGGAAUAUUGCAGGGGAUGGUUCUACCUACAGAGAUAUGGUUAUUAAAUUUGGUGCAAUUGAGCCAUUGCUGAGGCUACUUGCUAUUCCUGAUCUCUCUUCUCUGGCUUCUGGAUAUUUACGCAAUGUUACCUGGACCCUGUCAAACCUGUGUCGUAACAAGAAUCCUGCGCCACCCAUAGAAGCUAUUGAGCAGAUUCUCCCAACUCUUGUUCGGCUCUUGUACCAUGAUGACCAUGAGGUGUUAGCAGACACAUGCUGGGCGCUUUCCUAUUUAACAGAUGGUUCCAAUGACAGGAUAGAAGUUGUAGUGAAAACUGGAUUGGUGCCACAACUUGUGAAACUCCUGGGAUGUAGUGAACUGCCAAUAAUGACUCCUUCAUUAAGAGCCAUAGGAAAUAUUGUCACUGGUACUGAUGAGCAGACACAGAUUGUUAUUGACUCGGGAGCCCUAUCUGUCUUUCCAAGUCUCCUUGCUCAUCAUAAGAACAAUAUUCAGAAAGAAGCAGCGUGGACAAUGUCCAACAUCACUGCUGGACGACAGGACCAGAUUCAGCAAGUUAUAGAGCAUGGUCUCGUACCUUAUCUCAUUGGUAUUCUGAGGCAGGGGGAUUUCAGAUCUCAAAAGGAAGCUGUGUGGGCUGUGACUAACUACACAAGUGGUGGAACAACUGACCAGAUCGUGUAUCUUGUUCAGGCUGGUGUUGUUGAACCUCUGCUGAAUCUUCUCUCAGCUAAAGACAGCAAAACUGUGCUAGUUAUUCUGGACGCUAUUUCUAAUAUCUUCUUGGCUGCUGAGAAGAUUAAUGAGACUGAAAAACUUUGCCUCAUGAUUGAGGAGUGUGGAGGCCUAGAUAAAAUUGAAGCUCUUCAGUCACAUGAAAACGAACAAGUGUACAAAGCGUCCUCCACCUUGAUCGAGAAAUAUUUCUCAGCAGAAGAGGAAGAAGAUGAGAAUGUUGUACCAGAAUCUACUGCUGCCAGCUAUACCUUCCAGAUUCAGGGCAAUACUCCAAAUGGUUUCAACUUUUAAGUCUUGCAUAUGCUGCAACCACCUAAAAGUAGUUUGGCACAGAAAUGACUGCCACCUCUUUGUCUUAAUUGUUCUUACUGUUUUACUGUUUGUUUUUUUUAAUGUGACCUGUAGCACUUUGUCUAACUGAAACAUACUUGAACAGUUUAAAACCGUAUGUAUUAUGUGAAUUUUCAACUGUCAACUUGAUUCUUUGAAGCACCUGUAAAUACUUGUUCUCUUUCUGGCUUUUACUGUCCCUUUCAGGCAAAACAAUGCAAAUGGGCAACGCAGGCUUCUUUCAAAGCGUGAAGCCACUACUCUGUGAUAACCUCGUGAUAAUCUAUUAUGUUUUAUUCCAUCUUUUGCUGUAAUCAAUACACUGAGUAGGCUUUUAGACGGGACUUAGGUUUGAAGUUCAAUAAAGUUAUAUUAGUACAUCAAACUGAACUGUCAAUUGCUCUCUUAAAUGAUGACUGAUAGGGUAAGUACACUUAAAAUGCAUGAUGGUAAGAAUGCAGAUCUAAACUGACAGAUGAUAUUCUGAAGGGGGGGGGAUUGCUUCUCUUACCCCAAUUUUCUCUGUAUAGCAGCCUUGUGUUAUGCAGAACAAAUGAAUUGCUGCUUCUGUCUAGAUAUCAAAUGUGAUGAGUUCUACCCUGUUCAUAACUGAGUGAAAUUAUCUUAGGCCUUUUGGAGAAAUAGUUAAAGACUACUAGUGAGUAACACAACUGCAAGUAACUAUUGUAGAGGGUUAAGUAGUGCAGUUAACCCAUUGCAAGUAUGUUCAUGUACCUUUGGCACAGAGCAUAGGAAAUGCUUUGAAGCAGUUGCCUGCUCUAAAAAGCAAAAAUUUAAGGCCUCCUUUUGGAAUCUGUUGCACCUCUUCUAAAUCAUUACUGUCUCUAAAAGUGGCUGUGCGGGGUUGUGUUGUGGAGUGAGGAGAACUGUAGACCUUUUCCAGCUCUUUGGGAAAAUGGAUUGAGCUAUUUAACUAGAUCCUCACAGGAGUCAAUGUCUGCAUAAGUACCUUACCCCUAGCUCCUAGCAUGGUGGUCAGUUUUGCAGGGCUAGGUUUUUGUCAUAAGCAUUACUUCUGCUGUGUUUCGGAUAUGUCA